UAUAAAUUGGUUUUUUCAGAAUCCUACAUGCAGAGGAUGGAAAAAUAAAUAAAAGUAGUUGAAUUCAGACUUUUGCUUUGCCACCAUGAAGAAAAUCGUGAUAAAAGUCAACAUUAACUGUCAGAUUUGCAAGACCGAAGUACUGAAAGCUGUUACCAAGCUUACAGGUAUAGAUAAAGUAUCCGUGGAUGGAGAGAAGGGAAUGUUAACUAUUGUAGGAGAUGUUGAUCCAGUGUUGGUUGUAAGGAAUCUCAAGAAGAUUGGAAAGGUACCGGAGAUCAUCAGUGUUGGACCGCCAAAGCCUCCUGAAUAUUGCGAAGAGUUCAAGUUUCGUGAAUGUCGUCCUUGCCCUCCAUCCUGUAAGGAGUGUCAGCUCAUUUUCACUACCUAUCCUUACAUUAAUGAUGGCAGAACGUGCUCCAUCCUAUGAGAAUUAUAUUGAGAGUGCCUUAAUUUGUAUCUCUAUAUAUCUGUGUUGAAUAUAUUGUAUCAAAUGUCUGUGUUAGCUACGUGAAUGCAGUUCUUGCAUGCAUUCUAAUGAGUGUCAGCUCAUUGCCAUCAGCUAUAUAUAUAUCCUCACUAUGAUGGCUGACUGUGCUAUAUCCUAUGAGAAUGCAAUCCGGCUUGUAUCUGCGUUGUAUCAAACGUACUAUCAUGGUGUAAAUAAAUAAUUACCAUCAACUAAUUAAUUGAACGCAGUUUUUU